UUCCUCUGUCUGAGCCAUGGCACCUCUGAGCCAAAUAAGCAACCACAUCAACUCCACCUGUGGAGCAGAGAACUCCACAGGUGUCAACCGGGCCCGCCCACAUGCCUACUAUGCCCUGUCCUACUGUGCACUCAUCCUAGCCAUCAUCUUUGGCAAUGCCCUGGUAUGUGCAGCUGUGCUGAGGGAGCGUGCCCUGCAGACCACCACCAACUACCUAGUGGUGAGCCUGGCUGUUGCGGACCUGCUGGUGGCCACGUUGGUGAUGCCGUGGGUGGUGUACCUGGAGGUGACAGGAGGAAUCUGGAAUUUCAGCCGCAUUUGCUGUGACGUUUUUGUCACCCUGGAUGUCAUGAUGUGUACAGCCAGCAUCCUGAACCUCUGUGCCAUCAGCAUAGACAGGUACACAGCGGUGGUCAUGCCAGUUCACUAUCAGCAUGGCACCGGGCAGAGCUCCUGUCGGCGUGUGGCACUCAUGAUUACAGCUGUGUGGGUGCUGGCCUUUGCUGUGUCCUGCCCUCUGCUCUUUGGUUUCAACACAACAGGGGACCCCAACAUCUGCUCCAUUUCCAACCCUGACUUUGUCAUCUACUCUUCAGUGGUGUCCUUCUACGUUCCCUUCGGGGUGACUGUCCUGGUCUAUGCCAGGAUCUACAUGGUGCUGAGACAAAGGAGACGGAAACGCAUCCUCACUCGCCAGAACAGCCAGUGCAUCAGCAUCCGACCUGGAUUCCCGCAGCAGCCUUCCUGUCUGCGGCUGCAUCCCAUUCGGCAGUUUUCAAUAAGGGCCAGGUUUCUGUCAGAUGCCACGGGACAAAUGGAGCACAUAGAAGACAAACAAUAUCCCCAGAAAUACCAGGACCCUCUCUUGUCACACCUGCAGCCCCUCUCUCCUGGCCAGACUCCUGGGGAGCUGAAGCGUUACUACAGCAUCUGCCAAGACACAGCCCUAAGGGACCCAGGCUUCCAAGAAGGAGGAGGAGGAAUGUGUGGGGCGGAGAGGACUCGGAACUCCUUGAGCCCCACCAUGGCGCCCAAGCUCAGCUUAGAGGUUCGAAAACUCAGCAACGGCAGGUUAUCCACAUCCCUGAAGCUCGGGCCCUUGCAGCCCAGGGGAGUGCCACUUCGAGAGAAGAAGGCCACCCAGAUGGUGGUCAUUGUGCUUGGAGCCUUCAUUGUCUGCUGGCUGCCCUUCUUCCUGACUCACGUUCUUAAUUCGCACUGUCAGGCAUGCCAUGUGUCCCCAGAGCUCUACAGAGCCACAACAUGGCUAGGCUAUGUGAACAGCGCCCUUAACCCUGUGAUCUACACCACCUUCAAUGUGGAGUUCCGAAAAGCCUUCCUCAAGAUCCUAUCAUGCUGAAGGAAGAGAAGAGGCCACACUCCCUUUACUGGCUUCAAGAUGCCAGGCAGUUUUGAUCCCUGCACACCAGGGUCUGCUUUGGAUGCCUACACUGUGUUCUGGCAUAUGUGGUAUGGAGAUUCGUGAAGCAGGACAACCCUGGUUAGGAAUAACCAACUGUUUGUUCCACAGUAGGAUGGUCUACCUCCCCAGCUUACAUCUGACUUCAUUCCGCCAGUCUUCACAUUGCUAAGUGCUAGGUAACAGCUCAGAGAGACGUUGAUAAAAAGUGUAUGGGACACACACAGAGAAUUGUCACUGGAGACACGAUGCAUUGGAGUGAAGGAAAAAUGAACAGGUCUCAGCAGCCUCACCCUGCCAGGGGUCCUUGAAAUCACAGCCAGGAAGCUGUCUUGUAGACAGGCAGCUCCUCUUCUUUCAGACCUGUAAUUAACUGUCAGCACAGAACCUUGAGCAUCCAUGGGGGCCAUUUGCUUGUUUUCUCUCACUCUAUCCUAAAACAUGAAAGGCCAAUGUUUAUACCUUUCUGUGGAAUG